AUGAAUCCAAAAGGCAAACUUGUUGUCGGCGUCGACUACGGCACCACCUUCACAGGCGUCAGCUAUGCGUUACUGAGGGUAACUUCUCUGUCGAUUAUGGGCCUUGUCCGCUCCUGGCCCACUCCCUCUGGGCGACUCACUCACGCCAUCAAAGCCCCAUCCAGAAUAGCGUAUCCUCAAAACAAUUGCGCGAUUCAGAAAAACAGCUGGGGAUUCCAAAUUCAACACGGGACAUCCGCCUCUUCCUGGACCAAGUUGCUCUUGGAUACAGGUGUGGAUAUAGCCCAGUUCAAUGACAAGGCUUUGGAGGCGGCAACCGCAAUGGGGAUCAUGAAACUGCCUCAAGGAAAGGUUGCCAUCCAGGUUGUUACAGACUUUCUGCGGGAGGUCUAUGUGAACACCUGCCGAGAGCUGGAGAAAUACCUUGUCGAGCUUAGACCUCCUCUUCGUCUUCGUGAUGUCCAUAUGGAAUUCUGGUUUACGACGCCAGCAGUCUGGUCGGAUCAGGUUCAGUUCGAAUACAAGGAGGCUGCUAUUCGUGCAGGCUUUGGACCAAGUGGUGACAGGCCGGGUGAUACCAUCUAUAUGCUUUGCGAGCCCGAAGCCGCCGCACUUGCCACUUUCAAGACAAUGCCACUAUAUGGACCCGGAAUGCAGAUCAAGCUGCGCGGUCCAAUCUUGAACGCAAAACCAGGUGAUGGGAUAUUGAUAUGCGACUGUGGGGGCGGCACCGUGGACGUGACAAGUUAUCUAAUCUCGGAGGUCUCUCCCAUGUUGGCGUUCGAUGAACUAACCUCGGCCGUUGGUGGUAUGUGCGGCGCCACAGCCAUCGACCGCAAUUUCUAUCUUCUCAUGUCCGAGAGGUUUGGGGCGGCGUUUAAGGACUUGCCUUUUAAACUAAAGGCCCCAGGCAGUGAGUUCAUGGACAACUUCCAGGUUAUUAAGGAGACAUUCUGCUGUUCAGCUGUGGACAGGGUCCAUCGACUUCCCCUGGCCAUGGCCCUCAACAACCCCAACCCCUCUUUCUUUGACGCAAAAUAUCAACAAGUUUUGCUUUCCGGCAAUGACCUCCGUGGAAUAUUCGAUCCGGUGCUCCGCCAGAUUACGCAGUUAAUACACCGCCAGAUUGAAAGCGCCAACCAAGAGGUUGGCCGCUUCGUCAUCAAUUCGGCGGCUUUAGCCAGUCACCAUACCUACGGGAAAGGAUUUCAGGAACAUUUGCCGUCGAUGGAAAGCUGGCCAUACUCACCCCAACAGACCCCAAUGGUCAUGCGCGGCGCAGUGAUUCGGGGACUUGGAGGGCCUCAGCCCACCACGAGAAAAUGCCGAAGUCAUUACGGCUUCGAGUGUCCUCUUCUGGUCAAGGGUACCGGAACGGUUCCUGUAUUUGUCUCCUGGGUCCUUGCCAAGGGGGAGAGAUAUGCCCGGAAUUACACGGCGACGCAAGACUUGGUUGUCACCCAUCACUCGGGGGAUUCUCUGAUGAAGAUCAGUAACCUCUACAGCUGUAAUGAUGCGAACGCCCCACAACUAGUUGAUCACCCAGGUGUUUACCUCAUCGCACAGAUCAUGUGUGACUUUGCAAGUGUCGACCUUGCUCAGUUCCCGCAGUCUCGCACAGGCACACAAGUGGAGUAUCUCUUGGGAUAUUCCAUUGAAGUCACCUUUGGCGCCCAGGGUGACCUCAAGUGCAAGGCCGUCUGUCAGGAUCGAACAGUUGGGGAAUCUACCGUCCACUUUGCCCGAGAGCAGUGGUAG